AUGCGUCUUCUGAAGCGCUCGCCAGGCGGCGGCUUCGAGCUAGUGUCUUUCAGCAGCGACAACCCUCCACCGUACGCUACCCUAUCGCACACCUGGACUGAGGGUCAGGAAGUUACGUACAAUGAGUUGGUAGCUGGUACAGGCAAACACAAGACUGGCUACGACAAGAUCCACUUCUGCGGAGAGCGAGCUGCAGCAGAUGGCCUCGAGUACUUUUGGGUCGAUACCUGCUGCAUCGACAAGUCUACCAGCGAUGAGCUCAGCACGGCAAUCAACUCGAUGUUCCGCUGGUAUCAGCAUGCAUCCAAGUGUUACGUAUAUCUGUCGGACGUCUUGAUGCCGGACGAGAUCAGCGACGCUGAAGCCUCUCCGGGAGCGUGGCACGAAGCCUUUCGACGGAGCCGAUGGUUCACGCGAGGCUGGACGUUGCAAGAGCUCCUCGCGCCGCCCAGCGUCGAAUUCUUCUGCAAACAGGGCAAGCGGUUGGGGAGUAGGGUGUCUUUAGAGCAGGAAAUCCACGAGAUCACCAAGAUCCCUGUCACGGCCCUGCGCAGACAAAGCCUCAACAAGUUCAGCGUCGAGGAUCGGAUGAGCUGGGUAGCUACACGUUCGACAACGCGUGAGGAGGACAAAGUGUACUGUCUUUUGGGUGUCUUUGGUGUGUUCCUGUCGCUCAUAUACGGAGAAGGAGAAGCAUACGCCACCCUACGCCUGAGAGAGGAGAUACAGAAGCGACAAGAGGGUCGCGGAACUGGCAGCUCGCGGAAUCUGCCCGUUUUCUCGUUGUUGCCUUUCCCAAGGAACGAACAUUUUGUUGGACGAACAGUCGAGCUUCGAUCUCUCGAACAGUACCUUCUCGUCUCCGACACGCACCGACGGAUGACAAUAUAUGGGCUAGGAGGGUGCGGGAAGUCAGCGCUCGCCAUUGAGUUUGCAUAUCGCGCACUGGCAACGCAUGCUAGACUGGUGUUCUGGGUGCCUGCUAUCAGUCAGGAAAGUUUCGAGCUUGCGUACCACGACAUCGGGAUUCGCCUCCGCAUACCAGGGAUCAAUGACGAUAAUGCGGACGUCAAGAAGCUUGUUCGGGAGACACUCAGCUCAGAGAGCGUGGAGAAUUGGCUGAUGAUCGUCGACAAUGCUGAUGACCAUGAGGUGCUACUAGGUAACACGAACAGUAACUCGAAGCCAGCCCGACUGCGUGACUAUCUUCCACGCAGCAACAGAGGCGCGAUUCUUUUCACCGCUCGGAGCAGGAAAAUGGCGGGUGCUCUGACGCAGAGCAGUGUCUUGGGGCUGAGUGAUAUGAGUAAACCGGAAGCUAGGCAGCUGCUAGAGCUGUGGACAACACAACAGACACUGCUGGAUGAUGAGACUGCUGUCGAUGAACUACUGCAUGCACUCACAUGUCUACCGCUUGCUAUCGUGCAGGCAGCCGCUUUUAUCAACAACAAUGGAGUGUCAGUAUCCGGCUACACAUCGCUGUUCCGACACGCCGGUGCAGAGCCCGAGCUCUUUAGUCAGACUUUCCAUGAUCCCAGCAGAUACGAAGAACUGGACAGCACGAUCGCGAAGACGUGGCAUAUCUCCUUCGAUCAGAUACGCAAGCAGGACCAGCUUGCUGCAGACUACCUCUCGUUCAUGGCGUGCAUCGACCGCGUUAACAUUCCCCAGUCGCUGCUACCUCCUGGGGCCUCUAUGGUACAGCAAACGAAAGCGCUAGGAACACUAACAGGGUACGCAUUUAUAACAGAGCGCCUACAAGUGGUACAAGAGCCAGAUGGAGACAGGUUCUUCGACAUGCACCGACUGGUGCACAUGGCGUCUGUCUGGUGGCUUGACAGACACAAUGAGCGUGCAACCUGGGUGGAUGCAGCGGUGGCGCAACUUAAACAGCUAGUGCCGUAUGGCGGGCAUGAGAACACGGAGAUAUGGACAAAGUACUUGUCGCACGCGAUCCAUGUGGCUGGAGGCCACAAUGUAGUGGGCAAAGCCGAUAGCGCUUCGCUUCUAGAUCGUGUAGGACGAUGCCAAGCAAGCCUCGGGCAAUAUUUGGCAGCAGAAACAGCGCACCGACAAGUGCUGUCAAUCAGAGAGAAAACGAUUGGACCUGAGCACCCAGACACGCUCAUAAGCAUGAAUGAGAUAGCAGUAGCACUCAGCGACCAGGGAAAGUAUGCUGAGGCAAAGAAGAUGCAUCGCGAGACGCUCGAGCUGGGAAAGAAGGUGUUAGGAGAGGAGCACCCACACACGCUGACAAGCAUGAACAACGUAGCGCUAGCACUCAGCAAUCAGGGAGAGUACUACGUUGAGGCAGAGAAGAUGCAUCGCAAGACGCUCGAGCUGAAAAAGGAGGUGUUAGGAGAGAAGCAUCCAAGCACGCUAAUGAGCAUGAAUGAUAUAGCAGUAGCACUCAGCGACCAGGGAAAGUAUGCUGAGGCAGAGAAGAUGCAUCGCGAGACGCUCGAGCUGAAAAGGAAAGCGUUAGGAGAGAAGCACCCACACACACUGACGAGCAUGUACUGCCUUGCUCACCUUCUUGCAAAGCAGCUCCGCUAUGAUGACUCCAGCAAUCUGUAUGAGCAAGCAUGCGCUGCAUACGACACUGUUCUCGGAGAGGACCACCCGAAGACCCGCGCCUGUCACCAACACUAUCGCCAGAUGCUUGCGUUACAAGAGCAGGACGGAAAGUAG